UGAAUACAAGGAGCAGCGAUUACAAAGGACAAUGACUACGACACAAUUGGACCAUUCUACGCCAAGCAACGCUCAAGCCAGACCCCGCAGCACAGACACAACAGGAUUCGACCAAGCCCGACACAAGAAUCACGGAACUUCGACGGAGACGACUGCGACACCGCUGGAUGCACCCAGGGCCAGUCCGUCUGCCAGCAACGCAAUGCCAGACACACACAAGAAUCACGGAACUUCGACGGAGACGACUGCGACACCGCUGGAUGCACCCAGGGCCAGUCCGUCUGCCAGCAACGCAAUGCCAGACACACACAAGAAUCACGGAACUUCUGCGGAGACGACUGCGACACCGCUGGAUGCACCCAGGGCCAGUCCGUCUACCGACAAAUCAACGUCAGACGUAAGCAGGAGCAACGGGACUGCGGGGAAGACAACUACGACACCGCUGGGCACUCCCAGGGCUAGUUCAUACACCCACCAGUCCAAUUUACACAACGCCAGGAACUUUGAAACUUCAGCGGAGGCGGCUGCGACACCGCUGGACACUACCAGGGCCAGUCGACCUACUCCGAAGACAAUGCAAAACGACCACACUGGGACAACGCCGAGGGCCUCGCAAGACGCCAGCAUCAGACCAGCCCACGACAGACAGACCCAGAGGGACUACCCUGACCAUAACACCCGCAUGAACUACCAGCUAGCACCAUUGGCCGAUGCCGCAAUGGGCAAACGGCGGAAUCCGUUUCACAAGACAGGCCAGACCACCCAUCCCACCGUGAACCUAGCGGCCAUUACCACCACACAGUCCGAAGAACCUCCGCUACAGAAGUCCCGGAUCCACGAACCACCACCAACUCCGUGCGUAGCAGCGUUCCUGGAGGAAGAGUUGGCCAAAUUCGAGGGUCUGGCAGGUAUUUCUCACAUAGCACAGCAUACAAUCUAUAUGAAGGACGACAAACCUGUGAAACAACGGUAUUACCCGAAAACCCCGGCCAUGCAGAAGAUAAUAGACGACCAAGUCGACGAAUUACUGCGGGAAGGACGUAUCGAAGCUUCAAAGAGCCCACACAGCGCGCCUAUAGUACUCGUAGGGAAAAAAGACAGGCGAGAUGCGCAUGUGCGUCGACUACAGACAACUCAACGCCAGAUCUAUACCGGACGCCUAUCCGCUCCCCAGGAUCAACCACAUCCUCGAGAGACUCCGCGAUGCCCACUACAUCUCGACAUUGGACCUGAAGAAUGGGUAUUGGCAAAUCCCGAUGGCGGAGGGAAGUCGGGAAUGCACUGCAUUUACCGUGCCAGGUAG